AAUCACGAGCCAGGAAAAGAAAGUUCACCGAGAUGAAUACUACUGGAGUCUGCACGGAAUCCCUCAGUCCACACAGCCAGGUUUUACCUCAAAUCCAAUCACUCCUUCAUUACCCAGUCUCUACCCACACGCCAGUCUUUCUCAAAAGUCCUGCACUUAUCCUAAUUGAUCAAGCGGCACUCCUCACUCAUGUGGAGGAAUUGAUUUGCAGUUUGAACACGUGGCUCACUAAAAAAAAAAAAAACAAAAAAAAAAAAAAAACGGAAUAACCGUGGGGUUUUUGGUCCCAUUGUCUUCCCUCGAUUUUAUUUGGAGGCGGCGCCCGCAUUAACGUGUGACUUUUUUUUUCUUCCCCUGUCGCGUUGGUUAAGAACUUCGGACGAAGACACACAAAAAAAGUAGUUAUUUUUUCCUUUGAAGUCUGAAAACAAGAGAGGGAGGACAUGCAGUAAGAUAUUGGAGGCAGCCAGUGCGCAGUUCCCGUCCAUCAUAAUUCUCUUGUAUCUAUCCAGGCAGCUUUGGAGCGAGUGAGGAGAACACGCCCGCUCCGGCUGAUAGACAGUGCGCCGCUCUCUCACAGCACUGCCCGUCCGAGGGACGCGAUUAAAAAGGGCUGCUCUUUUGCAAAACACGGUCGCUUUUGCUUUCUUUUUCUCCCCUUAACCGCGCGGCAACAUGAACAAGCUAUACAUCGGUAAUGUAAGCGAGCAGACGAGCGCGCUCGACUUGGAAACUAUCUUUGAGCAGUGGAAGAUACCGUUCAGCGCGCCCUUUUUAGUCAAAAGUGGCUACGCGUUCGUGGACUGCCCGGACGACAAGAUCGCGAUGAAGGCCAUUGACACACUUUCAGGAAAAGUAGAACUUCACGGAAAACUUCUAGAGGUAGAGCAUUCAGUCCCCAAGCGUCAAAGGAGCUGUAAACUGCAGAUCAGGAAUAUCCCACCACACAUGCAAUGGGAGGUGUUGGAUGGAUUAUUAGCUCAGUAUGGCACAGUGGAGAGUUGUGAACAAGUCAACACGGACACGGAGACAGCCGUAGUAAAUGUGCGUUAUGCAGUUAAGGAGCAGGCCAGACAAGCAGUUGAGAAACUGAAUGGUUUCAUGAUGGAAAGCUAUGCACUGAAGGUAUGCUACAUACCAGAUGAAUCUGUGCUCUCCGAUCCCCCGGCAGUGGGCAGCAGGAGAGGAGGGGCCCCACGUGGUGCACCACGCCAGCCCUCACCCUCUCUGGGUACCCGCCCUAAGCUGCAGUCUGACAUUCCACUGCGCAUGCUCGUGCCCACCCAGUUUGUGGGUGCCAUCAUUGGCAAAGAGGGUGCUACCAUUCGCAAUAUUACCAAACAGACGCACUCAAAAAUUGACAUCCAUCGUAAGGAAAAUGCAGGAGCAGCAGAGAAACCCAUAACAGUCCAUUCAACUCCAGAAGGCUGUAGCUCUGCCUGCAGGAGCAUCAUGGAGAUCAUGCAGAAGGAGGCCCUAGACACAAAAAUCGCUGAAGAGAUUCCUCUGAAGAUUUUGGCUCAUAAUAACUUUGUGGGGCGACUGAUUGGAAAAGAGGGUCGCAAUUUGAAAAAAAUUGAGCAAGACACUGGGACCAAAAUCACCAUCUCACCUCUCCAGGACCUGACUCUGUAUAACCCAGAGCGAACAAUCACAGUCAAGGGCUCAACAGAGGCAUGUGCGAGAGCUGAAGAGGAGGUCAUGAAGAAAAUCAGAGAGGCCUAUGAGAAUGAUGUGGCUUCCAUGAAUCUCCAAUCUAAUCUGAUUCCUGGUUUGAAUUUGAAUGCUCUGGGUCUUUUCCCGGGUGGGACAGCAGGAGCAGUAUCCCCCUCUAUGGUGCCAGGACCCUUUUCUGGAGCACAAGCUGGAUACCCAUCCUUUGGGUGCAGCGUGUUUCCGAGCGAGGUGCCGUUUUGGUCCUCCAGUGAUAGCCCAUCCCUCUCUCAGCCAGAGUCAGAGACUGUGCAUCUCUUCAUCCCUGCACUGGCAGUGGGCGCCAUCAUUGGGAAGCAGGGCCAGCAUAUAAAGCAGCUCAGCCGUUUUGCUGGUGCAUCAAUAAAAAUUGCUCCAGCUGAUGGGAUGGAUGCCAAGCAGAGGAUGGUCAUUAUUUCAGGACCACCAGAAGCCCAGUUCAAGGCUCAAGGACGUAUCUUUGGAAAGCUGAAGGAAGAGAACUUUUUUGGCCCAAAGGAAGAGGUUAAACUAGAAGCUCACAUUAAAGUGCCAUCAUUUGCUGCCGGCAGGGUCAUUGGUAAAGGUGGCAAAACGGUGAAUGAACUACAGAACCUAACUAGUGCAGAGGUGGUUGUCCCCCGUGAUCAGACACCGGAUGAAACUGAUCAAGUGGUAGUGAAAAUUACUGGGCACUUCUAUGCAAGCCAGCUGGCUCAGCGAAAGAUUCAGGAGAUCCUCUCACAGGUGAGGCGGCAGCAGCCCAAAGCGUCCCCUGCUGGGGCUCCAAUACCACGGAGGAAAUAAUUCGCCAAGAGCGGGACAUGGGACGUGCCCAUCUCUGGAGUUCACCCCACCUAUUCUUAAACCCCACCCACCUCCUGGAAUUUCUACGAGAAUCUAUUUUGUUCUAAACAUGAGAACGCGGCUAUGAAAACUAGUCUCCCCUUCACUGCCGUAAUGUGGUAACUGCACAAUCUUCUUUUCUUUUUUUUUUUUUUCUUCUUGUUUUUCCCCUUUAACUCUAUUUUGUGUAUUGGUUUUGAGUUUCUCAUGGAAAAGUCAAGGCAUUGCUCUCCUAUCCUGGCUAGGGGUGGGGUCAUAAAAGCUCUGGGUAUGGGAUGGGACCGGAAGUGGUGUGUUCAGAAAUAUUUUGUCCCAGUAUUGCUAAUGGCAUUUUAUAAAUUCAGAUGCAUUUUAUAAAGAAAAGAAUUAUAUAUAGAUACAAGAUGAAAUACGAAAGGUGGCAGAGCAACACUGCCACUAAUGAUUACAGGAAGUGUUGAUUGGUGUUAACCAGGAAACCAAGUUAAUAUGCAUUUUUACUGAUCUACCUCAGGCUAGAGUACCUCAGAAAAAAAAGUAAAUGAUAUAUAUAUGGGAAAAUGUUCCUUUCUUUUUUUAUUUUGCUUUGUGGUAUUUUGUAUACUUUAUAAAACCUAAUAGUUCUUGAACAUUUUUAUUUUUUUAGAAAAAGUCUGUUAACACAAGACCCUCAAGCCCCACAUUUGUUAUGAUGCAGACAGUUAAUAACUGUACAUAAGAAUGUCUGCACAUGUAGGUAGGUGUGAGGUUUAAGGGCUUGCUGUUCGCAGAUAGGAAUAUUGUAAAGCGCCUCAGUGUUGCCGAGGAGCCACCUUCUUCUGGAAACAUCAAAAAACAAGCUAUAAAUGCGAAAAAAAUGCUGACCAUACAUAUUGCAGCAAUGCCAUUUAGUUUAGCAAUUAUAACAUUAACAUUUUGGCAUGUACAUUUUCCCACAAACGUUAAGUUGGCAUUCAGGGAUUAGCUUCAGCGUUCAGGGAUCGUGUUAAGUCCUGCUGUAAGACACUGAUGCGCCUUCAUCAGAUUAUCACAUCCCAGCCCUUUGUGGAACAUGUGCAUUUUUCUUUUCCCAGCCUUUACUUUUGACAUUUGUGAGUUGGCUUCCAUCACACCAGGCUUUUCCACACUGCAAACAUUUUUGUCAAGUGUCUGUCACUGCAUGGUGAGGGUUGGGGGAGUUGCACUGGUUUCAAAUGCUUUUGAUGUUACAAUGGAUGCAUCUUUAUAGCCAGCAGUAAUGUAGAAAUGGAUGUGAUUUAUUAUUAUUUUUUAUUUUAUUCAAAAUUAGAAAUGCAAGAGAAAAAUAAUGAAUCUUUUAGAUGUAUGGAGGAAAACAAUGUUUUGUGUUUUUUCUCACAAGAAUGUAAAUGAUUGUGGUAAAAGAGCGUAUUCAUGCUUCCACACUAGUAAUAAUGUCUACCUCAGCUGAGUCAAGAGUGGGUGGCGUUGAAGCUUGUGCCUCUCACUACGUUAUUAAAAAUCUGUGCCGAUACAUUGAGUCCCUUGUGAGCACUUGUGUUCUGCUUUGGCUCAGUGUAUUGUGCCUUCAUUCACAGGAGGGGCACAAGUGAUCUGUGAGGGUGUGGUGUUGUGUUUUUUUUUUUUUUUUU